CCGAUUCCCACAUCCUCGGCUUCUCCCUUUUGUACAAACCUUAGCUCCAACCAUCGCUAGGUCAUAAACAUUCUCAUGGUAUCAGAGCCUGGUUGGCUAAAACCAGUCUGAUCCUUUCUACCAUUUCACCUUCUUUCAUUCUGUUCAUCUGUGUUACCUUGAAGCACCAUGGCCGAUGGAACUUCUAGUGAGAAAGACAACAAGGAAAAGGAGAUCUCGUCGCCACGCUACGAGGAUCCUUAUGCAAAUCCAUUCUACCUGGCUCAAAGUGACAAUUCCUUUCUUCCUGUCAUUAGCUUCAAGUUGACAGAUGACAACUACCUUCUUUGGAGUGAAUCCAUGGAAGUUGCGCUCAGGACGAAGAACAAGCUAGGGUUCAUCGCAGGCACAAUCGAGGUACCUCCUGUUACUGAUCAAAGCUAUGGGACCUGGGAUCGUGUGAAUGGUACUGUGGUUUGUUGGAUUAGAAACUUUGUGUCUGAGAACAUUGUUCCUAGUCUUAGGAAUAUUAAAGUUGCAUCUGAGGCCUGGACAUACUUGAAAGGGAAGUUCAGUCAAGUGGACUCUGUUUGUAUUGCAAACCUGCAGGAGAAAAUUGAUUUGGUUAAGCAGGGAAACAAAUCUAUUCGUGAGUAUCACACAAAUCUGAAGCUGUGUUGGGAUGAACUGGAUAAUUACCUUCCCAUUCCUUACUGUGAUUGUGCUUCUCGCACAUAUGAGACUGUCAUGGGUUAUCAGGAUCGAGGAAGAGUGAUUAGGUUUUUACUUGGUUUGAAUGAAAAGUAUCAACAGGUCAAGACCCAAAUGCUAAUGCUAGAUCCACUUCCAGAUCUAGAUAGUGUAUACCGUUCUGUUGUUCAGCUGGAAAGGCAGCUUAAUGGUGCUAAGGUUAAUUCUGGGAAGUCAGAAGAGGCUAUUGCUCUUGCAACAGCUCUUGCUGCUUCCAGAACCCAAUUUAGUCAGCCAAAAGACAAGGGUCAAGCUGAUUAUGGUCAGCAAACUGGGUUGUUCUGUCGAUACUGCAAGAAGGACAACCAUGUCAAGGAGGAUUGCUGGAAACUCAAGAAGAAAAAUGGGUUGUUGGGACACAAUCCUCAUUCCCCUGGUAACCCAGGAAGAGGAAGAGGUUUUGCUGGGUCUGUUGAUGUCAAUGCACCAGAUAUGAACUUCAGGAGGAGGUAGCAACUACAGGCCUACCAGUCCAGCCAGUCAGCAUGACUCAGGGUCUCCAACUUUCUCAGGUUUCACCUUUGAAGAGCUGACAAGACUUAAGGCACUUCUCCAGCCCUCUUGUGGCCACAACACCAGUCAAGCUAAUUCUGUCUUAACCAAAGCCAGCACCUCAAUGACAGGUAUUACUGCACUAUCAACCCUUAAAUCAUCUCUUGGUGAUGUGUUCUGGGUUUUAGAUACAGGAGCUAGUGACCACAUUGUUUGCUCCAUUAAGCAUUUCUUAAGAUGUAGACAGAUUGAGAAGAUGUUUGUAACCCUACCUAAUGGUCAUCAAGCCUCAGCCACUCAUAUAGGAAUAGUGAAACUUCCUUGUAAUAUCCUAUUGACUAAUGUACUUCUGGUGCCAUCCUUUUCAUACAACUUAAUCUCAGUUAGCCAACUUACCAAAAACAGUCCAGUCUCACUCUUAUUUCAAUCCACUUUUUGUCAUAUACAGGACCUCAUAUCUCAACAGAAGAUUGGUUUAAUCCCAGUAAAUAGAGGUAUGUACCUUCUUGGAGAGAACCACCCUGGAGAGGAUUGCAAACCCCAAGUUUUUGGAGUGGACACCAGCACCUGUUCCAGUUCCAGUUUAUGGCAUCAGAGAUUAGGGCACCUUUCUUUACCUAGGCUACAAGCAGUAAACAAAUUUUGUAAUGAGAU